UUACCGAUGGUUUUCAAUGUUCGCUGGAUAAACACCGGAGACAGCCAUUUCACGAUGGCACCUUCACCUUCUUCUUACGUUCCGUUGAUGGGAACGGAACUUACAGACAAGAUGGACUUCAUGGACAGAGUGAAAAAUGUCUUGUUCCAGAUAUUCACCGAAAUAGAGCUGCAGUUUUUCAUCUACCCGAUGUAUUCCAAUGUCAUGGCGCGACACUUCCCUCCUGGUUCUGACUUGUUGUCUUUGCAGCUCUCUGCGGACAUCUGGUUGGUAGUAGCAGAUUUUGUCAUUGAGUUCCCACGUCCGACUAUGCCCAACGUAGUCUACAUCGGUGGGUUCCAGUGCCAGGAACCCUCUCCCCUCCCAGAUGAGUUGGAAAAGUUUGUUGAAAGUUCCGGCGAUCACGGAGUCAUCGUAAUGUCCACAGGAACUUCCGUGAUCGCCUUACCUCGAAACACAACCGAGGCCAUCGCGGCGGCGUUUGCAGAACUCCCACAAAAAAUAAUAUGGAAGUACACUAGACAACCACCAACCACUUUGGGUAACAACACUUUACUGGUGAAAUGGUUGCCUCAAAACGAUCUCCUCGGACACCCCAAAACUCGUGUGUUCGUAACCCAUGGAGGCACCAACAGUAUAUACGAAGCCAUCUACCACGGCGUUCCUGUAGUAGGUUUGCCGUUGCUUUUUGACCAGUUUGAUAACGUGAUCCGGCUGCAGGCGCGUGGAGCUGCCAGGAUAGUUGAAGCAAAAUCCAUCACCAAGGAGUCCUUCCUGGAGGCGGUUAAGGACGUCGUAGAGAAUCCGUCGUACCGUGAAAAUAUUCAGCAUCUUUCAAAAUUGCAUCGUGACAAGCCAAUGACGCCAAUGGACACAGCCUUGUUUUGGAUUGAAAUGUGGACCCCCCUCUCCCUCACCUUGUGUGUCCUCUCUGCUGUGCUGCUCAGAUGCCCCGGUGGUGACAGCAGCAGGAUUCUGGUGGCCCCAGUGGAUGGCAGCCACUGGCUCAACAUGGAGCUCAUCCUGAGACAGCUACACGCCAGAGGUCAUGAAAUCACUGUGCUUCACUCUGCAAAGAGCUGGUACAUCCCUGAGAACUCCACUGUGUACACCUCCAUUAACAUACGUAUCCUGAAGGAUAAGGAGGACAUGGAGGUCUACAACAGAAUACUUAUAGAUGUCAUAGAAUGUCGUAAGAAGUCACAGUUCAUGAGUUCCUUUUGUCAAAAGUACAUUCUCACCCUGAUGUUAACAGACCCUGGCUUUCCCCUGGGCACAAUCCUCGGACGAUACCUCAAGUUACCGAUGGUUUUCAAUGUUCGCUGGAUAAACACCGGAGACAGCCAUUUCACGAUGGCGCCUUCACCUUCUUCUUAUGUUCCGCUGACGGGAACGGAACUUACCGACAAGAUGGACUUCAUGGACAGAGUGAAAAAUGUCUUAUUCCAGAUAUAUAGCGAAGUAGAGCUGCAGUUUCUCAUCUACCCAGCAUAUUCCAAUCUCAUGGCGCGACACUUCCCUCCUGGUUCUGACUUGUUGUCUUUGCAGCUCUCUGCGGACAUCUGGUUGGUAAGAGCGGACUUCGUCUUUGAGUUUCCACGUCCGACUAUGCCCAACGUGGUCUACAUCGGUGGGUUCCAGUGCCAGGAACCCUCUCCCCUCCCAGAUGAGUUGGAAAAGUUUGUUGAAAGUUCCGGCGAUCACGGAGUCAUUGUAAUGUCCAUAGGAACUUUCGUGUUCGCUUUACCUCAAAAAACAACCGAGGCCAUCGUGGCGGCAUUUGCAGAACUCCCACAAAAAGUUAUAUGGAGGUACAGUGGACAACCACCGACCGCUUUGGGUAACAACACUUUACUGGUGAAAUGGUUGCCUCAAAAAGAUCUCCUCGGACACCCCAAAACUCGCGCGUUCGUAACCCAUGGAGGCACCAAUGGUAUAUACGAAGCCAUCUACCACGGUGUUCCUGUAGUAGGUUUGCCGUUGCUUUUUGACCAGUUUGAUAACGUGAUCCGGCUGCAGGCGCGUGGGGCUGCCAGGAUAGUUGAAGCAAAAUCCAUCACCAAGGAGUCUUUCAUGGAGGCGGUUAAGGACGUCGUAGAGAAUCCAUCGUACCUUGAAAAUAUUCAGCGCCUUUCAAGAUUGCAUCAUGACAAGCCAAUGACUCCAAUGGACACAGCCUUGUUUUGGAUUGAGUACGUGAUUAGAAAUAAAGGCGUGCCCCAUCUUCAGGCGGUGGGCUACAGCUUGCCGUGGUAUUCCUACUUUUGUUUAGACGUAGUUGCAUUUUUGUUAGCCAUCGUAGUUGCCGUGGUUUGGUUUUCUAUGUUUUGUUGUAGAUUACUCUGCUGCAGGAGAUCCAAGAGGAAGUUAAAAGGAGAAUGAACACUGCAAUUACACUGCAUA